AUGGCUCCCUCUCUUACCGAAACGACACCCGUCGACUUGAAAGAGCCCCCAUCAAGCUCAGCGGAGCCCCUAGAUGCAUUUGAGUCCUUUGAUGUGACCCCAGUAAUUGGGCGAGAAUUUCCAAACGCAAGCCUGAAAGACUUCCUCCGAGCUCCCAACUCGGAUGAUUUACUCCGCGACCUUUCUGCUACCAUCUCCCAAAGAGGCGUCGUCUUCUUCCGCAAGCAAGAUGGUCUAGAUGAUAAUCUGCAGAAGGAGCUCGUCCAACGUCUCGGCGAGCUUUCGGGAAAGCCAAAGACGUCCGGCUUGCAUAUUCACCCUGUCGCCAACUCAGGUCGUGAUGGCAGUGUUGCAGACGAUGAGAUUAGCGUUAUUAGCUCUGAGCAGCGAAAGACGCUAUACUUUGAACGUAAUGCCCGCAAACAAACUGCCCGACGGGAAUGGCAUAGCGAUAUAACCUUCGAGCCUAUCCCCAGUGACUAUACACUUCUGCGUCUGACUGAGCUCCCAAAGACCGGUGGUGAUACGCUCUGGGCAUCCGGAUACGAGGUCUACGACCGCCUCUCAGAGCCCUAUCAGAAAUUCCUAGAAGGACUCACAGCUACAUACGCCCAGCCCAGAUUCAACCAAGUAGCCGAUAGAAAUAACUUCAAGAUCCACCCGGGUCCACGAGGUGCACCUGAGAAUGUCGGCGAAGAGCUACGCGCCGAACACCCCGUUAUCCGGACGAAUCCCGUCACGGGGUGGAAGAGUGUUUUUGCUGUGGGAUCGCACGUUCAGAAGGUCAAUGGGGUGACUGAGGAGGAAAGUAACCAUCUUCUUAAUUGGUUUGUUAAUCUCAUUGUUGAGAAUCAUGACUUGCAAGUUCGUCUGCGUUGGCAGAAUCCCAAUGAUCUUGCUAUUUGGGAUAACCGAUCCGUUUAUCAUGCAGCGACUUGGGAUUAUGAAGAGAUUGGUCCUCGCAGGGGUCAUCGGGCUGUUGGUUUGGGCGAGCGGCCGUAUCUGGACCCCAAGAGCACGAGCAGACGGGAAGCACUGGCUCGGGGAGCGGUCGAGAAUGCUGCAUAG